CGGCUGAAACGUCACGUAAACAGCAGCAGAUGGAAAAGGGUUCCUGCUAACUUAAUACAGUCCAGUGUAGAGACAAUGCUGGCUGUCAGGAGUGAGUUACUCAGUCCACCUGCGUCUGAGACGUUCAGUUGAGUGAUGUCUAACUGUUUGAGGGAAAACUAAGAAAAGCUGUUGGAGCCUGGUGGAUCCACUAGAAGACGCACGAGUCUGGGCACAGAGCCCCCUCCCUUCCUAGUGUCUGCCUACCAAAUGCACAGCUUCCCGAUGCUGACAGAAAGCAGAAAACGGCGUCACAGCUGUGAUGUCGAGGAUGCGCAACAUCUGCUCCAGGCUAAGCGGUUGGUAAGCCAGCCUUUCCUCCCUGAACUGGGCCGUGAUGUUUGGGACUCUGAGUCUUCCAGCAGUGACAGCAGUGGCAUUAGCAGUUCAGAGAGUCUGGCAGGAACCAGUUCCAUCAGCCAGUCUACAGACCAAAAAGGAAAAUGCAUCCUAACGGAUUCCUGUGGUUCCAGCAGCUCUAGCAAUUGUGCUCACCUAGUUGAAGAGCCGGCCUUCUCCUUGAGUGAAAGUGAUUCCUCUUACAGUCAUAUCAACCGUAUCCUUAGAGAGGCCCACUUCAGCAGCCUGCAAACUCGUGGCCAGCCAGGUCCAACAUGACCAUCCCUGUCUCUUUUAACGCCCAAUUACCCAAAGGCAAAAACGGCAGUGCAUUGGGUCACUGUAUAUCUCCAGCUGUGGCACAUGAGGUUCUCUUUUCUUAGUUUCUUUGGCUUGAUUUUGUUCUUGUCCACUAGCACAUUUCCAAUUCCAUUACUUGCUUGGAGUUUUUUGGUUGUUGUAUUUAUCAUGAUCUCCACUUGGGUGCUAGAGUACAAAAAGAAACCUCAAAUGGCACUUAAUGUUAUGUGCUUGUGAUAUAAUCUUCCCUUAUUCCAUUUACUCAACCAGGCAGAUACACAUGGUGCUAUACACUAAAUGAUUCAGUAAAAGGUCAUGUUUUCUUAAAUGAUGGGGUUGCACAAGGUUCUUUUUGUUAGAUGAAGAUUAAUGAGUAGUGUGGGAAGGGGUGGUGUACGUGGAGAAAUGAUGCAUAUAUAUUUUUUACCCUUUUUGUACUACAGACCUCUGGGAGCAUGUAGUAAGUGUACCUAAGCACACGUGAGUAUUCCUGCAGUCUUUCUGUAGUUGACUGAGGAAUUACUCCACAAUAAUAAUUGCCUGUUGUAGUCUGUUCACAGAAGAUCUGAAGGAUAAUUGUGUUGCCAUAGGUUUUACUGGUCUUUUGACUCUUUCAGGAAGCUUUUGGAGCUCAAUUAUAUCUUGCAUAUUAAAAACUCAGGCUUUAGGAUUUCCUCCAUGUGUGCCAUGAAACCAAACUAAUGGCAAGCUGUUAGUUCUAAUACAGACCUGUGUCGAACAAGUAUGUGGUUUAGGUUUCUAAUUGUAAAUAGAUGAAUAGUACAAGCUAUUAUUUUGCUUUAUCUUAGCAUUUGGAUGUACAAGCUAGUACCACACUGUAAAUGUAGUGCAGUGGGAUUACUGGAUUGUGAAUAUCUUGAAAUACAUGUUAGACUCAGGUCUGUUUUAAAGUAUUUUUUGUAAGGAGGUCUUAGGAAGAAUUCAGACUACUUUUGCACAGUGAAAGUAAACUGAGGUGCUCAUAACUUAAUUUUGACCCAUAAAAUUACUUAAGAGCCUUAAAUGAAACUUGUCUUACUAAGGCCACUGGGUUCCCUGUAAUAAUAGGACUUACAAAUUCCCUAGGAACAGACCACGGAAAUGUUCAGCCCUAAAAUUAGCCUUCUUAACAUAGCACCCACGGCUCCAGUAACACCAUCAGUCAUGAAAAGCAUAGGAUGGUUUUAGUACCUACAGCUUUACAUGUUCAUGAAUACUUUAGCUUUAGCUACAUAUAUACAUUGGCUAUUUUUGUGAUGUAAUAUAUGCAUUUUAUGUGUUUGAUAUGCAGUGGCCUGUGUUCUGUUUAGAAUGACUUCUCACUCACAGAGAAUAAUUUUCAGACAAUGCUUGCAAUUUCUGACCAACCCAAGCUCCACUAACAUUUAGCACGAUUCUGGUGUGAGUAAUAUGUAUUUGACCCGAGGCCAUAAUUGAGUGUCCAGGCGAAAUAUUUGUGUGAGCAUCUGUGCUUCUAUAUGAAGGGCACUGAUACAGCCCUUUACUCAUCAUGCACUAUUAUGAAACACUGUGGUUUGUCCAUGUGAAAGACUAUCAGUUUUUGAGGAUAAUCAUUACAAUUUCUUUCAUGUUUUGUAUGUAGAAUUGUACAUACAACAUAUAGCUAGCACACUUACAAAUUUUGAAUUAUUUUAUGAAAUGGUCCUCUAACAGUACUGAAAAUAAACGUUUUUUUUAAAGUA